AUGGACGAGUCGUCACCAAAGAAACACUUUGUCACAAAGCAGGUCAACGUUGCGAAAACACCAAGAGACCGGGUCAUGAGUCAGUAUGUAGAAAGCGUCCAAAGCCUUUCUAAAGUUAUUAAUAAGGUUAACCCGGAGUCUGGCUUACAGAUCAUCGAUGGUGAUGGCAAUUUUGCUUCUACAGAUACACGCGAGCGCCCUUCACUGAACAACUACAUUAAAUCAAAGCCGGAGUUUAUUAACAGAGGAACAUCUUACAAUGCAGUUGGUAUCUUGGGAGCACAAAGUAGUGGAAAGUCGACAUUGCUGAAUCACUUGUUUUAUACACAGUUCCGUAUAUUAAACGAAUCCUUGGGACGGUCUAGAACAACACAUGGGGUAUGGAUGGCACUUUCUGGGAAGAACUCUGAAAUUGUCGUGUUUGAUUUGGAAGGCACAGACGGUUCUUCCCGAGAAGACGAUUACUCUUUUGAACGUAAAACCUCACUCUUUUCACUUUCAGUGUGUAGUGUGCUGAUGGUUAAUUUGUGGUCACAUGAUGUAGGAAGGUUUCAAGCGUCAAACAUGUCUCUCUUAAAGACAGUCUUUGAACUCAAUCUGCAACUCUUUGUGAAGGAAGAGACUCCAAAAACAUUGAUAGUCUUUGUUAUACGAGAUAGAGAAGCAGAUACCCCCUUCGAACAAAUUGAACGCGAUAUUAUGGAAGACAUCAUGAGGAUUUGGGAGACUGUCAUUCCUCCUCAACAAUUUGUUGGUGCGCCAAUCAACCAAUUUUUCGAUUUCCAGUUCACGUCACUCCCCCAUUUUGAACAUUUCUAUGACAACUUUGUGAAGGAGGCACACGAAUUAAGACUGAGGUUUGAUUCAAAUGCAGAAGACACGUUCUUUUCUCCACUCUAUAACAAGAAUAUACCAGCCGAUGGCCUAUCAUGUUUUUGUGAACAGAUCUGGGAGACGAUCAAAGAUAACAAGGAGCUUGAUUUGCCGAGUCAAAGAGAGAUGUUGUCCAAAUUUAGAUGCAACGAGAUAUCUUCCCAGAUAUACAAAGAGUUCACUGAAAGUACGAAGAACGAAACAAGUCAACUCAAGAGCGGGAGAAUAAUCCCCGAGUUCAAAAAGGUGUUCACUGAAGCUAUUGAUGAUUCGCUGAAGAACUUCAAACAAGCAACGGAGAGAUACAUGCCUAAUAUAGUUGAACAGUUUGAAGAGACUCUGAAGAAGCAACUGCAGAACUCCGUUGAGUCACUUUUUGAACGGCAAGCAGAAGUGAUGGAGCAAGAGAUCAACAAGAGAACAAAGCAAGAGUUCACUAAUAUAAGAAAUGGAUAUGCUUUGUUACACAACAAGAAAGAAUUCAACUAUGUGAGUUACCAAACGUUUGCACGAAAGCUUGGGACGACAAAAACAAUGAUAGAAAGACAGUGGAGAGACCAAUUCGACAAAGCUGUUCCUGCGUUCCUUGCUGAGAAAACCAAAGAGAAGUUCGAAAGUGUCUGUAAAGACAUUGGCACUGCUUACGAUGACGCAGUCACUAAAUUACUUGACUUGAUGAAAGAGCACUUUAAAGACUUCAUUCAAUGUAUGUUACGACCAAAGAUCAUCCCAUACUUAGACGCAUGCAAGAAGGACAUGUGGAUCAAUAUCAGGAAUGUCAUCUCUGAACGGGUCAAGAACGA